UGAUCAGCUGUGUCCAAUCACAGCUGAUCACAUGGCACUGAGGAUCAGUGUGCCCUGAUGAUCAGUGUAGCCCCAGCAGUGCCACCUGUCAGUGUCCAUCAGUGCCUUAUGUCAGUGCUCAUCAGUGCCUCGUGCCAGUGCCCAUCAGUGCCACAUAUCAGUGCCUGCCAGUGCUCAUCAAUGCCGCAUAUCAGUGCCCAUCUGAGCUGCCUUUCAGUGCCACCCAUCAGUGCCAGUCAGUGCCGCCUAUCAGUGCUGCCUAUCAAUGCACCUCAGUGACGCCUAUCAGUGCCUGUCAGUGCCGCC